AUGGAACGUUUCUCGACAGUAAUUUAUAAUAAUUGUACUCUAACAAUUUAUAAAUUCAAACCAAGCAAAAAAAAAAAAAAAAGGUUAUAACACCAAGUUCGAAGCAUAAAUGUGUAAAAAUCAAUGACAAUAGAAAGCGAAUAUUUGGGACAGUUGCGUAUUAUAAUAAAACCAAAUUCAGUGUCGACGUAACUGAUCGAAUGGCGAGACAGUACAAUGGCCUGUGCCAAGUUUCUUUCAACAUCCUUGAUUUGGUCGAUAUCAAUGCAUGGACCGUUUAUAAGGGAACAAAUGGACAAAAUAUAUCGAGACAAUUUCUACUACAAUUAGCAGAAGACUAUCAGGAAUUUCUCCAAGAAGAAAAGGAAAACGUACAAUUCGCAUUUGUGGAAAACAUGUCAGACACGACAUGUCUUUUGCAAAGACAAUAA